UGAAGAUCUCCCCGGGAACAUGAGCUCUGCGGCGGGCAUCGACUACAGCGCCUGGGACCACAUCUACGUGUCGGACGAUGAGGACGUGACCAGUCCGUUCGUGGACACGGCGAGUCUGUUCAGGAUGAGACACCGGUCCCGCCUGGAGCGUACAGCUGACUUUGAGCAGCGAGGAGAGCAUCUGGAGAAGAACUUCACUGAGUGUAAGAGACAGAUUGCACAGGCCGAGGACAGGCUGAGGGAGCUGGAGGACAAUGGGCAGGAGACAGAGGACCACCAGGGGAUGUCCAUGGAGAGGGAGAAGGUCCAAAAGGAUUUGCAGAAGCUGAGGACACACCUGCAGAAGUUUGAAAAGAUGCUGGAGAAGCACAGGCGCGAGAAGAAGAAGCAGCCGUGGAACGUGGACACCAUCAGCAAAGAAGGCUUCAGCAAGAGUGUGCUGAACAUAAAGGCUGAACCACUGGAGCCAAAAGAUCAGGACGAGGCUCAGAAACACCAGAGCUUUGUGGACAAAUACAACAGCCAGAUCCGGCACUUUGGUCUGCUGCGGCGCUGGGAUGACAGUCAGGGGUAUCUCUCAGACCAUCCUCACCUGGUGUGUGAGGAGACCGCCUCUGCCCUGGUGCACAUGUGCAUCAGCAUGGAGUUGGAGCAGAAACAGGCUCUGAUGGGGCAGGUGGCUCAUCAGGCUAUUGUCAUGAAGUUCAUCUUGGACUUGGCUGAGACGCUCCGAGUGGACCCCAGAGGCUGCUUUAGACACUUCUUCUCCAGGAUAAAGACUGCAGAUCAGCUCUACCUGGAUGCAUUUGACAAAGAGCUGGAGCUACUGAAGCAGCGUGUGCGGAGCUGUGCAGAGGGCCAGAGAGAGGCACAGAGGAGAAAGGCAGAGGGAGAGGAGGAGGAGGAGCAGAGAGAGAGGAGGCUUGGGCCAGGUGGGCUGGACCCUCAGGAGGUCUACAAGUCCCUGCCACAGGAGAUGCAGCGAGGCUUUGCAGAGAAAAACAUGGAGCUGCUGCAGAGGGCCAUGGACACACUCCACCCUGAGGAGGCCAAGUACCACCUGAGGAGAUGCAUCGACUCCGGCCUGUGGGUCCCAGACUGUGGAGAGGACAGAGAGGAAGAGGAGGAGGAUGAAGAGGAGGAGGACAAAGAGAAACAGGAUGAAGAGGAUGUUGAAAAGCAUUGAUGCAAAUGUAAUUAAACAAUGA